AGUGCGUGGCAGUCAGACUGGGUCGGGCGAGCAACGGAGGAAGAAGAAGAGGAAAACAUCUGGCUCGAAAAGGAAUAUAUCAUGUCGGAUUACACGAGGCCCCUGAAGUGUCUCUUCUCCUGCUGUGCACUUUAAGAGUAAUAGGAUAACUAGGGUUACUCAAACUCCUCCGGAUAGUUUCGUCUGGGAAGCGUGGGGGGCAGAAGUUGUCACACAAGUCUUCACUAUGGAUCAAUCCGUCGCAAUUCAAGAAACGUUGGAAAGGGAAGAAAACUGCAUCAUAGCUGUCCAAUGUGAUGUCUUCUUUGAUAACACUACAGAGAGCAGACUGCUGGGAUUGGUGGAGUCUACAAAAGAGCAUGCAAUCUUUAUUUAUACCCAUCGAAGGAUGGCCAUUACUGCUGAUGACGUGUCACUGGAGGACAUCAUACCCAUCUCCCUCGACUUUGCUGUCGUGGAGGUUUCCUCAUCAGAGGAACUUGCAGUUGUGGGAGCCGAUACUAAAAUGAGAGUAAGCUACCAGGAAGAGGAAUUAGAGCUCAGACUUCCUUUUGGGUCCCACACCCGGCUCUUUCUUAGUGAGGUCAACAGGGCGUGGAGUGAUGUUUGCAAGACAACCACACAGGCACCAAAGUUUGAGUGGAUCAGCAAGUACCACAAAGCCACCAGAGGCCUUGGAGUUGUCAAACAGGCCCUUGCUCCCCUCAGCACAACAGUCAACAAACUCAACCAGCACCAGAAAAAAGAGAAAUCAUCAGACAAAAAGGGAACUAUAGAAGGUGAGAAAGGUUCCAACAGUGGCACGCACAAGUCCAAAGCAUAUUCCAGCCCAGAGAGUCAGAGCAUCUUCAGUCGAGAGGACCGGCAUGACCUGGUGCGCUCGUCCAGCCACACCCCGUCUAACAAAGCUCAGAUACUGGCCAUGCCGCAGUUUGGCCUGCGCGACAACCUCAUCAGGUGUGAGCUGCUGAAGAAUGAGGACCUUUAUACUUAUCCGGAGGACUUCAGCUUUUUUCUCGGCACAUACAAUGUGAAUGGACAGACACCAAAGGAAAGCCUCCAUCCUUGGCUGAGCUGCACUCUGAACCCUCCUGACAUGUACUGCAUUGGUUUUCAGGAGCUUGACCUCAGCAAAGAGGCUUUCUUCUUCAAUGACACCCCCAAAGAGCUGGAGUGGACGAAGGCUGUGUCCGAGGCCUUGCAUCCAGAUGCCAAGUAUGCUUUAGUGAAGUUGGUGCGUCUGGUGGGCAUCAUGCUGAUCUUCUAUGUAAAGAAGGAGCAUGCAGAGUUCAUCUCUGAUGUGGAGGCUGAGACUGUGGGCACCGGCAUCAUGGGAAGGAUGGGAAAUAAGGGUGCUGUGGCAGUCCGUUUUCGCUUCCACAACUCUGAUAUCUGCGUGGUCAACUCUCACCUAGCUGCCCACAUUGAGGAAUACGAGAGACGUAAUCAAGACUACAAGGAAAUAUGCAGUCGUCUCCAAUUUCGCCAGCUUGACCCGUCCCAGCCUCCACUUACUAUCAUGAAGCAUGAUGUGAUUUUAUGGAUUGGGGACCUCAACUACAGGAUCAGUGAACUUGACGUCUCCAACGUGAAGGAGCUAAUUGGCAAGAAGGACUUUGAAACGCUGUACAGUUAUGAUCAGCUCAAGAGGCAGAUCAAUGAGGAGGCUGUGUUUGUUGGCUUUGUGGAGGGAGAUAUUGCUUUCCAGCCCACCUACAAAUAUGACACCGGCUCUGACAAGUGGGAUACAAGUGAAAAAUGCCGCGUGCCUGCAUGGUGUGACCGUAUCCUGUGGAGAGGGAAGAACAUUGUGCAACAGCAUUAUCAGAGUCACAUGGCUCUGAAGACCAGUGACCACAAACCAGUCAGUUCCCUGCUUGUCAUUGGGAUCAAGAGAGUAAAUCCUGAGGCCUAUAAAAAGACCUUUGAAGAGAUUGUACGCAAUAUAGACAAAAUGGAGAAUGAGUGUAUUCCAUCUGUAACCUUGUCCAAGCGAGAGUUCCACUUUAAGGACGUGAAAUACAUGCAGCACCAUGCACAGACAUUGAGCCUCUUCAAUGACGGGCAGGUCCCGUGUCAGUUUGAAUUUAUCCAGAAGCCGAAUGAGCCCACAUACUGCAAGCCCUGGCUCACAGCCAACCCCCCCAAAGGCUUUAUCGCUCAGGGUGGUUCUGUGGACAUUGAGCUUGAGGUUUUUGUAAACCGCUCAACAGCGCCUGAACUUAACUCUGGCAAGGAGCAGAUCGAAGACAUCCUGGUGCUCCACCUGGAGCGUGGGAAGGACUACUUCAUCUCUGUGAUAGGAAACUACCUGCCCAGCUGCUACGGCUCCUCCAUCCAUUCAUUGUGUCAGCUGAGGGAGCCCAUACAGGACAUGUCGCAAGAGACCCUCCGCGAAGUGGCAAAUAUGUCUGGAGAUGAAAAUGCAGUAAACACUGAAAAGCCUCUAGACAUUCCUAAAGAACUCUGGAUGAUGGUGGAUCAUUUGUUCCGCAAUGCCCUCAAACAGGAAGACAUAUUUCAGCAACCUGGGCUCCGGAGUGAAUUUGCAGAAAUAAGGGAUUGCCUUGACACUGGCAUUCCAGAUUCUCUUCCGGGCAGUAACCACUCAGUGGCAGAGGCCUUGCUUCUCUUCCUAGAUGCCCUCCCAGAGCCUGUGGUUCCCUACUCCUUUUACCAGCAGUGCCUAGAAAUCUGCUCCAAUGCCAGUCAGUGUGAGAAAGUUAUUUCCAUGCUACCUCAGUGCCAUAAAAACGUGUUCAACUAUUUAGCUGCCUUUCUCCGUGAGCUGUUGAAGAAUUCUGCAAGUAAUCGAUUAGAUGUCAACAUCUUGGCUACCAUUUUUGCCUCCUUGCUCCUGAGGUCACCUACGAAGCAGGAUCUUGCAGAAAAGAGGAAGACUCAGGAGUUCUUUCAGCACUUCCUGGCCCAAGGCUCCUCCUAGAUAGAGGACUUCACCCUCUUGUCCAUCAUGCUGAAGCUGAACACUAAAAACUGUACAGUCCAGUAUUUUAAAUAAACUGUAAUGAUUUCUUA